CAGUAAGGGCUGGGGGCAGGUUGGGCAGGUGUGGGUGUGGGGCUGGGGCUGGACUCUGUUUAUCAGAAGCUCCAGGCUGAGCGGGCCGGCAGAAAACAGGCGGGUUUCGGUGCGUGUGGCCGACGGGCCGCGGCACGCACACCGGAAGCUUCUGCGCUGCGCCGCGGACCGGCCCGCGCUAGAGCCCCGGAGCCCCGCCAGUCAGCAAGCGGAGGGGCACGUUCCUGCCGUGUCCACAAGAUGCGUAUGCAGGCUGAUGUAGGUUAAGGAAGUCUUUCAUGGGGGGCCGGUGAGGGGGGUGAGGCUUGAGACUUUCUCCCACCCCCCAGCCUUCAGCAGACGCCUCUGGACACCAGUGUUCUCAGAGCUCUGGGUCGUGACACAGCAAGAGAUCCAUUAACGGGAGCUCACCAGCUCUCUGGCAGAAAGAUCUAGGUGGCAGUGGGGCGGGGGAGAGCUGGGGCCCCGCAGUGUGGAGAUUCGUGCGUAUUUGGCUCGGGGCCAGAAGGGGGAGAGGGCGUCACAGAGCCAGGCACCGUGGUCACCCUUGCUCAUAUUUCCGUGGUUGUUUAAAUUCAUUUCCAUGUGGCGGGUGCCACAGAGGUGGCCCUUAGUUCCUGCGAAGAGCUGAGAGUCCGGAUGUCCGUAAACUCUGGAAUCUGAUGCUCGUCCACAUCUCCAGGCAGAGCUAGUUGUGACGGUGACAGUGACACUUUCUUUUCUUUUUCUUUUUUUUUUUUGAAGUUUACUUAUUUUGAGAGAGACAGAGAAGAGGAGGGGCAGAGAGAGGGAGAGAGAGAAUCCCAAGCAGGCUCCACGCUGUCAGCACAGACCCUGAUGCAGGACUUGAACUCACGAACCGUGAGAUCGUGACCUGAGCCGAGACGGAGUCAGACGCUUAACCGACUGAGCCCCCCAGGUGCCCCUAAUGGUGACAGUGAGACUUCAAUUGCCUGUGACAGCAAGAAAGGGGACCUGCCCUGUUCAGUAUUAGUGUUACAUAUUCAGUUUUAUUCCCAGCUUCUGGAAAUUAGCACCUUCUCCUCUGUAAGAGCACGUCCAGAACCAUCUCUGCAGGUGUCGGGAGUCGCCCCCCAGCCUGAGAGUUGGAGAAGUGACGAGUUAAACACAGCUAAGUAUUUUGGGUGGACCCGCAGGAUUUCUCAGAAGACUUGCACUGCUCACAUCCACCUGAAGUCUUUGUGGGGACAGAGGAUGCGGUUUCCCUAACCGUGUCUGACACCGGAGACGUCACUCCACAGGGGAUUUGCUAACAACAUGUCGCGGGAACGAGAGUCUGAGGCCGUGUGGCACGGGCAGGUGGCUCUGUUCGCCUCCCUAGGGCGUCUGAUGGAUCGGAACACCUCUGGCCUGCCCAUCUGCUGGGAGUGGGGGGAGAAGUUUGGGGUCCAGAUCCUGGGACGUGGCUGAGAACGUAGCUGCGGGAACACACUGGUCCCCACACGUUCUGCCCGCUUAGGGACCCCACGUGGGUAAACAGGAGGUGACUAAUGAGGGCUCGCCCCCUCCUGCAUCUGGGGCUGCGGGUCCAGGCUUCAUCCCCACCUCCGUUCCAUCACGGCUCUAAAGUGUUUCGUAGCCCCUGGGGAGUCAGUUGACCAGCAGUGAGUCACAGAUGUGGAAGAAGUAAAACCCAUUAAGUUGUCCGUCUUCAGGCGCAGUCCCGCUGGCUCCCAAAUUGCUCUGCACGAUCCACUUACAGUCCCCGGAAUUGGGGUCUCCUGGGCCUGCAGCCCUCCCGGCAGCCCUCUUACAUCCUAGGACUUGCCUCCUUUUACUCCCGAUUAGGUCCUGACGAGCGGAGGCCGAGGCCCCGCGGUGUCGAGGCUGAGGUCGGAGGGACCUUGAUGUCUGCUGUCCAGCGUGGAUGGACAUCGGCGAUGGGGAGGGGGCUUCAGCUGGGUCUCUGAUACAGACAGAGCCAAAUCCACCACAGGAAGCACAGCAGGACCUCCUGCAGGGACAGGCACUGGGAAGCUGGUCUCCCAGGAGCGACUCAGGGAGCACGGAGCGUUUUGGAGCCCAGGGGCAAGUGAGCCUGACCCGAGGCUCCGGCUCCUUGGGCCGAGGGAGCCACCAUUUGGGGUCGUGUUGCUAGGUGUGCCGUGGCCCGUGUCACCCUCCUCCGUGGCCCGUGUCACCCUCCUCCAUGGCCUGUGGCACCAUCCUCUGUGGCUUUGCAUCCGAUUUGUUUACCGUUCAUUUACCAAGUCUGUUACGCACUACUUGAUAUCAGGGGUAAUAGCCACCCCCACACAGACUCGCAGAGGGCAUGUCUCGUCUCCCUGGCGCUGCUCUAAGCACCAUAGCUGCAUAAGUCGUGGGGUCCUCAGCAAGCAGUCACACCCCACCUGGGUCAUCCGCUGGGACUCUGUGGGCAUUAUGGCUCUGAGGUCAGGGGCUUCAUCAGCCCUGGAUGCUGCAGUGUAGACCGGGAGGCAUGGGGUACAGCUCGGCAGUGGGGGCGGGACGGGUUGGGAGGGCAGGGGUUAGGCCUUGGCAGGGCAGAGGCUGGAUGGGCAGAGGAAUUGGAGGCAUUGGUGGGGUGAUUUGGGUGGAGUAUUUCCAGAGAGACCCAAGGGCCGAUGCCAUGGGACUGGACGGACCUGUGUUGGUGGCGUUAACAGGGCAUCUGGGGGAGACGCAGGACCUGGUGGUCACCACCACGUGCGCGCUGGGACCAGCCCCUGGGGCCCUUUCCAAUGGGAGCCCUGUCGCCGCAAGACCCGCGCUGACCCCUCUGCUCUGCCUCCCACGCAGCUCACACAAGGACAGCAGGUGGCGCUCUCGUCCAUCUCUUACAUCGGCUGCUCCCUGUCCGUGGUCUGCCUGGUGCUCACGCUGGUCACCUUCGCCAUGCUCUCCUCGGUCAGCACCAUCCGGAACCAGCGCUACCAUAUCCAUGCCAACCUGUCCUUUGCUGUCCUCGUGGCCCAGAUCCUUCUGCUCAUCAGCUUCAGCUUCAAGCCUGGCACAGUCCCCUGCCAGGUGCUGGCCGUGCUCCUGCACUACUUCUUCCUGAGUGCCUUUGCCUGGAUGCUGGUGGAAGGGUUGCAUCUCUACAGCAUGGUGAUCAAGGUCUUUGGCUCAGAGGACAGCAAGCAUCUCUACUAUUAUGGGAUAGGAUGGGGUUUUCCUCUCGUCAUUUGCAUCAUUUCCAUAUCGUUUGCCAUGAACAGUUAUGGAACAAAUAACAACUGCUGGCUCUCCAUCACGAGCGGCGCCGUCUGGGCCUUCGUGGCCCCUGCCCUGUCCAUCAUUGUGGUAAGUCCCGCCGGUGGGUGUGAGGGCCCCCGUCUGCAACCUGUCGCAGCCCCCGGGCAUGCAGCCCGGGACCCCUGUCCCCAGAUGGCUGGCCGGGAGGCGCAGGCGCGCGGAGCCUGCCAGGGUCGGUGUGCACCGCAGGGUCUUUCCCUGAGGGUUCUCGCCCGCGCCCUGUCCUCGCGGCCCCAGCAGGGACCUUGGUGUGCGCCUCGGGAGCGCGGGAUCAUGGGGGACAGAGAACGCGACCCGAGGAGCCGGUGACCGCUCUGCCUGGCCCGGGCUCAAGGGAGGCUGCCGCACGCACGGGUGCUCUCACCUCCGGCCAGG